AUGUCGCUACAACACAUGGGGAAUGUCAACAGUCCUGAGAAGAUCCAGAACCUCAAUGAGAAGAUCCAGAACCUCAAUGAGAAGAUCCAGAACCAAUCUAUCACCGUGCAAACCCUGGCCACCCGGCUGUGUCAGGAGCUACAGGAAAAGGAGCCAGAGCACACGUGCAAUCCCUGUGCACAGAACUGGAUCUGGCAUGCAGAUGCAUGCUACCUUCUACACCGCGUUUCUGACACAUGGCAAAACAGCGUAAAGUCAUGCGCCGACCGCAACGCCAGCGUGUUGAGUAUUAACAAGAAUAGCGUGGAGUUUAUACAGUCCAUGGAGACAGACAGCUAUUGGCUUGAAGCAUCUCCUAGACAAAAUGGCAACUACUCGAUGAAUCAGACUGUCAACUCCUCUCUCUGGGCUCAAAACAACCUGAACGGCUUAAACACAAUGCGCUGCGGCUAUUUGGAAGGACAGUAUAUUUAUUUUAACUCCUGUACUGGAAGGAGAUACGUGAUAUGUGAGAAAACGGCUGGUCCCGUGCGGGUGGAAAGCGUGCUUCGUUCACGUUCCAGAUGACAGCCCGCAGCAGAUGCUCUCCUGUG